AAUACUUUCUAGACUCUCGGAGCAAAUGCAACACGUCACGGCCAAGAAAAACUUCUGCUGAUUCCCAGACUAGUUUUCAAUUUAUUUAGUAUUUUAAAGUUCUUAAUUACAAAUCUUAAAAAAUGAGCGAAGAGGAGCAUUUUGAGGAAGAAGAGGAGCAGGAGAUUUACGAUGACGGCACGGAAUACAGCGAACCUGGUGCCCAGAAGGUGGACAAACCGUCGAAGGAUGAGAAGAACGUGGCCAAGUGGCUGAAAAAGAACGUCAAGACGAAGAAGACCAAGUUUCUGAGCCACAUCGUCGAGUACUUCACUUCCAGUAAGGCCAUCGAUGCUCUGAUGAAAUCGAAAUUCGCCGAGGGCGACAGCCCACUGUUUACCACCCGAGAGCAGGUGAUCGAGUUUUUGGACGUGAUGCUGGAGCACAAGUUCUUCCAUCGCGCUAAAAAGGUGCCGGUCACCCUGGAGGAGAUCAGGGGCAAGCCCAGUGGCGAAAAGAAAGGAGACAAGGAGAAGGAGAAGGACAAGGCGAAGGACGACAAAAAAGACACUGAUCCGGAGGGCGAAAAUGGCCAGGGCGAUGGAGGUGCCUCUGGCAACGAAAAGGAGAAGGAAAAAGAGAAGAAGAAACGAAAGAUUCGACUGGACAUGCACCCCGAACAGAUCUUUGUGGACGGAUCCGAGGCUUACGUGUGGAUCUACGAUCCCAUUCCGCUUCACUAUUGGAUCUUUGGAUUUAUUCUGCUCCUGGGCGCCGUGGGCAUCUGCCUGUUCCCCCUGUGGCCACCACUUUUGCGCAAGGGUGUCUACUAUCUCUCCGUUGCGGCAGCCGGAUUCCUUGUCUUCAUUUUGGCUCUUACCGUCGUGCGUCUUAUCAUUUUUACCAUCGUGUGGGCAUUAACUGGUGGCAAGCUGCACUUCUGGAUCUUCCCCAAUUUGACCGAGGAUGUGGGUUUCUUUGCUUCCUUCUGGCCGCUUUAUGAGAGCAACUAUAACAGUGACACAAGUAACUCGUCCACCAAGACCGACAAAAAGUCUAAAUCAAAGGACAAGAAGAAGGACAAGGAGAGUGACGCCGAGGAUACUGCUGUAGAUGCGGACGGGGAUGCUGAUGGCGAUGGUGAUGUAGAUGCGGAAGUCUCCACCCUUGAACCAGAGAAAAUCGAGCUUAUCAAGGAACACGACACCGACAUGGAGAUCCGCAAACGCCGCAAGGUGGGAGCCGAUGAAUACGAGGAUGACGAUGUGGAGGAGGAGGAGCCACAGGCGCCGCCCAAGGAUUCCAAAGCUGGAACACCACGCAACUCGGGAUCCGAUUCAGAGAGCUCGAGUAAAGAUUAUGAGAUAAUCAGUUCAAGUGAAGUGCAAAACGUUGCUGGCAACUAGGCUGGAGAAACCACAAUAUAUAUUAAUAUUUAAUGAUCCACAUCUAGCUAAUUGAUAAGACAUAGAACAAGAAUCACACAUCAAGUACAUCAGCACAUACAAGAUUCCAAGUACAGCGAAAUAAUGUCCCAAAAACAAAAUACGAUCGAUGUCGUAGUUUUCGAUUGAUUUUUUCCAAACAGCUUUUAAUUGAAAGUAAUCCACACAAUAUGUAUUUGAAGUAGACGUGCAGACAUGACACAACAUUUCCUAAAUGCAAUUUUAAGUUGAUCCAGAGAGUGUCGGUUGGCCAGGCUGCUGUUGGGCCUUGAUUUGCCGUAUUAGUUCUCAAGCCUUUAAACAAACUAAAUAUUACUUAUUUGUAUUCCUAUGUUUGUAAAUGUAUACAGUGGAGCACUGGACGAGUGCAAGAAACGAUUGCAAUUGAUAAUAAUCAUAGCGAGUACGUAGAUGUGGGCGCAUGCAUCUUUAUGUGCAUAAAUAUUUACUCUACAUGUAAUUAAAGAGAACUAACAACUUAAAGAAAUUAGUAGUGUAACACGCAAUUAACUAUUAUAUAAAUAAAGCUAGGCAAUUCUGAUCUGAUGUGAGAGAUAUUUGAGCGUUUUUUAGUUCUUGCUCGAACGUUUUAUUAAAAAAUAUACAACUUAAA